AUGGCCGCUGGAAAAGCCUCUUCAAGCCUUCAAAGCCCAGGCGAUCGCAAGGUGAAGAAUGUUGUACUAGGAGAUCUGCUCUUCAAGCCGUGGUACCAGUCAAUUUACCCAGAGGAUCUGGUCGUCAAAGAUGCGGACUGCCUCUAUGUCUGUCGCUGGUGCUUCCGAUACUCCUGCGAUGACAUUGCAUUCGCGGAACAUACUCGGGCUUGCGUCCACCGCACAACACCGCCAGGUACCAAAGUGUACGAGCAUGGCGGGUAUGCUGUAUGGGAGGUAGACGGUGAAGAACACAAGCUCUUCGGACAAAACCUGUCCCUUUUCGCCAAACUGUUUCUUGAUCAUAAAACGGUUUUCUUCGACGUUGCGACCUUCCUCUACUACAUACUCACCUUUACCGACCCGGACAACUCUGAAAACUACCAUGUUCUGGGCUUCUUCUCGAAAGAAAAGCUCUCCUGGGACUCGAACAACCUUGCAUGCAUCUGCGUCUUCCCGCCAUACCAACACAGGCAACUUGGAAAGCUCCUGAUGGGCGUGAGCUACAAAUUGAGUGGAUGGGAAUAUCCUGGCGGAUACAUCGGAGGACCAGAGAAACCUCUCAGUGACUUGGGCCAGAAAAGCUAUAAUCGCUUCUGGGCCGAGCGUAUUGCACGACACUUUCUGUGCGGCAAGCGAGGGGAAGGCAAAUCCGAGGCAGAGCACCAAAAGCCAAAAACCUCACCAUCGAAAGCUUUCCGGAAAAAGCCUCAUCGGGAGUUUAUGACCGUCGAGGAGAUUGGUCAAGCUACUGGAAUGCUGACUGAAGACGUGAUCACGGCUGUGAAAAGCAUGGGUGUUGUUCGACCUGAUACGACUCCCAAAAAGCGCAAAUUGACUCGUCUUAUGGGCGACGACAAACCGAAGGAGAGCCCGAAGAUUGUUAUUCACAAGGCCGAUAUCUGGGAAUGGGCCAAGAGUCAUCACCUAUCACUCGAAGAUCCUGUUAGAGACGACGGGUUUGUGGCAGGGUUUCCUUCUGUGGCUGUCUCUGAAGGCAGCGACAAUGCCUCGGAGGAGGAGUGA